AUGUCGAAUCUCAUGCACAAGGUCAAAGAUGCCUUGACUGGCCAUCACAACAAUUCCAACUCCCGCAAGGGCCAUGGUAACAAGCCCAGUACCGAUGACUAUAACUCGGGCGGAGGAGAGAGAUAUGGACCUGGCGAUGGUUCCUAUAACUCUCAGCCCAGCUCUGACAACUAUAAUUCUGGCGACUACGAGCGCAGGACGGACACAUACGAUUCGGGAACCGCUGGUGACUACCGCGGCAGCUACGGAUCUCAGUCUAGCACACACGACUAUGGUAAUACUGGUGGUUUUGGUACUGGCUCUGCAGAUUAUAGACAUGAACCGGAGAGAUACGGUGGCUCAGGAACUGGUUAUGAAUCGCGGGCUAUGGACAGUGGCGCGAUGCAGGAUUUCGGCGGUCGUACAGGAGGCAGCAGCUACAACACCUACAGCCAGGACACUGAAUCUUCUGAGUUCAGCCCUACCACCAGGCUAGACUCUGGCAAGAUGGGAUACCAUUCGAUGGGCCCUGGUGGUACGCAGCGGAAUCAAUGGUAG